GCUACUUCCUCCCACCGGUGCUGCAGCCUGCAGGCACACACGGUUUCCACGCCAGCAAAGGGGUGCCCACCCGCAAAGAUCCGAUCAAAUCAAAAGGGAAUUCCUGAAAAGCAGAGAGGAACACCCUUCCUCGCCAUUUCCGUCCAAGUGUUACCCCGAGGAGUCGUGCGUUAGCGUGCCUGCCGGGUUGGGUAGGCGUUGCGGCGGCGGCGGGGCGGGAGCAUCGCUGGCCGCGCGCGGCGGAGCCCGGUGCUCGAUCGAGUCUCUUCUCUUCUCUUCUCUCCGGGAGACGACAGCCUUUACUGUGACAAUCUCAUAUAAGAUAGUUUCCUAUCUAUAAUGUGCUCAUAUAAAGAAAUCAAGUACAAAUGAAGAAGCACAUCUCUGCCCACUAUUUGAUGACUGAAGACAGGUAGCACUAUGGUAGCUGCUACAACUGCGGGGAUGUUUCUUGUGUGUUUUGAGUCCCUCUGCCCCUGUUUUCGCUCAAAAAGGAAGGAUGGAAGCGAAGACCAUGUUCUUGCAGAACAUUCCAAUUCCUUGAAUUCUUCUGAAAUGAGGUCGAUUUCUGAUAGAAUUCCUGCAAGCCCGCUUCGAGUACCUGCAAGUCCAUCUAGAUUUUCAUUGUCUUCUUCGCCACCAAGUAGAAACGAGCCUUUAAACCUCAGUCUUGAGCAUGUUGUUAAACUGACACAUAACUUCGCGCCGGCCUUAAUGAUUGGCGAAGGUUACUUUGGAAAGGUCUACAGAGUGGAGCUGCGAGAUGGGCGUGUCGUAGCUAUUAAAAGAGCAAAGAAGGAAAAUUUUGUCUCUUUACGUGCUGAAUUCAGCAACGAAGUCACAUUACUAAAAAAUAUUGAACAUAAGAACUUGGUCCGAUUGCUUGGUUGUAUUGACAAAGCCAAUGAACGCAUUCUCAUAACAGAGUACGUAUCGAAUGGCACUCUUAGGGAGCAUUUGGAUGGUCAACAUGGCCUAGUUUUGGGGUUUAAUCAGCGGCUUGAAAUUGCUAUAGAUGUUGCCCAUGGAUUAACUUAUCUGCAUCUCUAUGCAGAGAGGCCAAUAAUACACAGGGAUGUGAAGUCAUCAAACAUUCUACUGACAGAAGGCUUCAUGGCCAAAGUGGCUGACUUCGGAUUUGCAAGAACUGGUCCUACUGAGCCAGGCCAGUCACAGAUUCAGACUGAUGUGAGAGGAACAGCAGGCUAUGUAGAUCCAGAGUAUCUGAGGACAAACUAUCUUACGAUCAAGAGUGAUGUGUUCUCUUAUGGUAUUUUGCUCCUAGAAAUCCUUUCAGGCCGUCGUCCUAUUGAGGCAAGGAGGGGUCCAACAGAAAGGAUUACAGUGAGAUGGGCCUUCAGUAAGUACCACAGAGGCAAUGUUAGGGACAUACUGGAUCCAAUGUUAACUGAAGCAGUGAACGAGGAUAUAUUGAACAAAAUCUUCGAUGUGGCGUUCCAGUGUGUCGCUCCUACCCGCGAAGACAGACCAUCCAUGAAAGAAGUUGUGGAGAGGCUGUGGAAGGUAAGAAGGGAUUAUACAAAAAUACAAAGGAUAGCAGAAUUGACUCUCUGAAUACUUAAUUGAAUCCUUAAACCAUCUGAUCCUGGUUGCCGUUUUUGCUUGGGAGAACAUGGGUCAGUUCCUUGUGAAGACCAAAGAUGGCCACAUAAAAACAAUGCAAAUUUGUGAUUAUGAACAAGUGGAAUUUUGUAGAGGGUUGCCAAAAUGUUGUUGUAUGUUGUAUAUGGCUCUAUGUUUAAGAGAUGUGCGGAACAAUCACCAACAAUGUCCUGCGAUUGAUGGUUUCCCUGUGUAGCCAUUACUGUUAAUCAGCAUAAGCUGUUCAGUAAGUUCAGUAAUCUGUAUCGUCGAGAAGUACCGUGUAGCUUCAGUGUAUGGAUCUUGUACUUUAGGAAACAGCUGCAUUUUUUGGUGAGGCUUUUAAAACAGUUAGAUACUCCGUAUGAAUGAAACCUUUGACUACUAAUUUCUUC